GUGCUGUGCUUGGUUUGGGGUUUAGAGAGACCGAGCUGUAAGUAGGUCGGGCUGGGUUUAAGCGGCUUAGCUACGUCAGCCUAAGCUGGGAGGAAUUCAUCCAAAGCCCUCCGCGGUAGGCGGGGGCCUAAACGAGGCUGGCCUAGUUAAGCCUGAUUCUUAUUGUAUGCAGCACAGCCUGGUUUUGUUGUGCAACGUGGCUGAGGGACAACCAAGGAGCAGUGUGUGAAUCCAUACACAUUUUAGACAUAGUUUAUGUUUGAUUUAGAAGAAGGAAAAUGGGAAAUGUGUAGGAGUAAGGCCAGGGUUAGCUUCAUCACCGUGGACCAAGAGAAGCCAGCAAGCAGGGACAAAAAAAAAGACAGGUGGGAAGACUGAGGGGCCUUAGUGUUGAAUAUGGUUGCUGGACGGUAACAGCCAUAGACUCGACACGAUCUCGUUGAGUCUGCAAUGCUUUAAGAUGGCAUCCAGCUCUGUGUUUUUGUCUAGUAUGGUGGGUAAAGCUCGCUCCUCAAACUUCACCCUCUCGGAAAAGCUGGACCUGUUGAAGCUGGUCCGUCCUCACAUUCGCAUCCUGGAGGAGCACACCAACAAGCAUGCUGUCAUCGUGGACAAGAACAAGUGUUGGGACACUGUGGCUGAGCAAUACAACGCCUUGGGAGGAGACCGACCCCAUCGCACCGCUCAGGGCCUCAGGACCCUUUACAAGAGGCUAAAGGAGUCAGCCAAGCAGGAAGUGAUGCAGCGGAGACACGCCCAGCCAGAAUACAGAGCAAGCAUCUCUGAGCCAACCAGGAGAAUUAUGGAGAUGAUCCCUCACCUGUUUCACCAUGUGCCCAUCCAUGAAAAGGACCAGGCACUGCGCAGAUUAAUCUACAGCAAGCACAACUCUCCUGUCGAACAUCCUGGCAGCAGCUCCUCUCUGGCCGGACUCCAGGAUUACUCAGCAGCUGUCCCAAGUCUCCCCCAUGAGGUGGUCCAGCUGGACCCUGAAGAGGACGUUAAACCACCCCUAGACCUCCCCAUCCUCUCCACACUCACUGAACCAGGGCUGGACGGUAGCCAGGAGGAGGAGCAGGACUCGGACAGCGUGCAGGAUUUUGAAGCGUCGCUGUCUCCCGUCCCUUCCUCCGAUAACAUCCCCCUCUCCGCCUCCCCGCUGCCCUUAGGCCACGACCUCUACCCCAAUGACAUCUACCCGCACCACGAGCAUGACAGGCUUCGCCCACUGCACCUCGCCAAAGAGGAGCACGAGUUGGUGUUGGCCAAUCACAGGAAGGUUGCCGUGUACCUGGAGGAGAAGAGGGAGGGGCUGAAGAGGAAACAGGACCUGGAGGAGGAACUUCUGAGAGCCAAGAUCAAAGUGGAGAAACUAAAGGCUGCUAGACUGAGAAACGGACUGCCGAUUACUCUGUAAAGAGCAUGAGCGCGCACAUCUGGGUCCAGUGUUAGGAAGAGGGAGAAGGAGUGUUGAGAAGAAUCGAGGAGCAAUCUUGAGAUUUGUUUUUGCGAAUAUAGUGCCUCGUACAGACACAAAAGCCUAUUUGCUUAUAGCAGAGUAAGGCUCGCACGUGUUUCAGUCUGUUCAUUUCCGACAUUGACAUUCUGUCUCACUGACAGAAACAGAAGGAGAACUUUUGAACUGAUCGGCUAAAAUAGAUGAAAUAAAUGUGAACGUCCAGCUAUUUGGAAGAGAAGAGCUGCUUGUACCACGGUGGUGCUUCUCCUGCUUGGAUCUCCCAACAAUUUACAAUUCAUGAAUUGUAUUAAAGUGUUGACGAUCUACCGGUAUUAACUUUUAUGUUAUACUGGAGUGUGAGUUUGCCCAGAUCAUAUCAUUAUAUUAGUGCUCUUUUAAUUAUUUGUAAAGAAAAAUUCCCAGUAAUUGAUUGAAUGUUCCAAACUAAAAAAUCAUUCAUAGGUAACCGAACUAAGGCGCUUGAUCAAAGUUCUGUUGUUAAGAAAUGUAAAAAGUGUUUUGAAUAUUCGGAUACCCAGUACUGAAGCACAAGUCGAGGGCCUUAAUCACAAGAUGCUAAUGAUGACAAAUCCUUUUGCUGAAUUUACGAAGUAGUGAAAGAAAGCUGUUCAGGUGUAAAAAUCACUCCCGUGGGUGAAUUGAUCAAAAGACGGGAGGUAUGGAUUUGGUUCCACAAUGUAAUUGUUAUUUAAUGUGUGUGACUACAAUAUUAAUUGUAUUCUAGCGUUCUAUACAUGUGAUGUAAAUUUCUUUUACACUUUGUCCAUAUGUCAACCUUUUUCUAUUAAAGUAAAUUUGAUUUGCUUUCAGUUUU